AUGCUUGAGCAGGAUGUGGACAUCACACUGAAGGUGAUCGUCGUCGGAAAUGGGCAAGUGGGCAAGACGUCCAUGAUUACGCGCUUCGCAAAGGGCAUUUUCACAAACGAAUACAAGAAGACCAUCGGAGUAGACUUUCUGGAAAAGAGGAUGCACUUGAAGGAUGUCGGCGAGGAGGUCACCUACCUUUUGUGGGAUACUGCCGGUCAGGAGGAGUAUGAUGCAAUCACUCGGGCGUACUACAAGGGCGCGGGUGCCUGCAUCCUGGCCUUCUCCACCACCGACAGAGAUUCUUUCGAUGCAGUGGAGUCCUGGUACAAGAAGGUUCACGACGAAUGUGGGCAGCUGGCCAUGGUCUUGGUACAGAACAAGGUGGACCUAAUGGAUGAUGCAGUGGUGGAAGCGAAAGAGGUUGAGACGCUGGCAAAGAAGCUGCGCCUCAAGCUCUACAGGACAUGCGUCAAGGAUGAUUUGAAUGUCACAGAGGUCUUCACCCACCUGGGAGGCGAAUUUGUCAAGAAUGGCGGCGAGGCAUCCCUGGGCAAGGCCAGCAUGAUGUCCAUUGAGGAGGUUGCAUCCAAGCCAAUGGCUGAAAGGAGUGCAGCUGCGAAGGCUGGACAACCUGCAGAAGAUGCCGGGCCUAGCGACCAACCUUUCAAGCUGUCGAAGCUUGAGAUCGCGGCUGGUUACGUGGCGAGGGGGCGGCUCAAGGCACGCUUUGUGCCAGGCAAAGCUGCCACGAAACUGCCCAGCGGGUCUUUCGCCUUUGAUGCUCGCCCGACACGCGAAUCCGGUCUCGCCUGUCGCCUCAAGGCAGGCGCAAAGCGGAAGUGGCAGGAGGCUGCCGAUGUGCGCACCUCGUGGCAGGCGCAGGUUCCUCGUUUGUAUGACCUGGUGGUGUCGCAUGUCAGAUCGCCUGGCGUUAGAUCCUUGCAAUGGCCUGGUGGUGCAGCUCGCAUAGAGCAGGGCGUGGUCUUGCAGCGCAUGGUGGUUGGUACUGCUGAGGCCAUCCUGAUCAUGGCCGUUCGCUUACCAUGGCAUGAGCCGAUGACCCGUGAGUCUGACUUCUGUCAGCCCUGGCAGGGUACGCCUGCAGGUCAUUCACAGCCCUUUGUCCGGGUCACGCAGUACAUGGCCCACGAAGGGCCUGUGGAGCAUUUGAGCUGCAGCCCGCAUACCUAUCUUCUUCUUGCAUCUCAAGCUGAAGGUUCAGGUGAGGUACUUCUUUUUCGAGCGGCCGAUUGGCAGGUCGCGGCAAACAACACCUGCAGGCCCGAAAGGCGGCUGGCAAUUGAAGCCGCUGGCGGCUGUGGCACCUCUUGGAUGGGCGCUGGUGGCUGUCAACUGCUGGCUGGAAGCGCCGCAGGAGCACAUCUGUGGGACGUGGAAGUGGGCAGCCUGGUGAAGACCUUUCCAGGGCAGAGCUCGGUAACCACAGCAGUGGCAGCCAGCACUGCUUCACCCCAGCUUUUCGCCACAUCCGGCAGUGAUGGCUGCUGCACCUUGUGGGAUGCUCGUGUUGGUAGCACCAUUUUCCAGCGGCAUUGCCACCUGGGUCCGGCACAUUGUGCUGAAUUCGCUCCAGGUGGAAUCGAGAGGCUUGCCUCCGGAGGAGCUGACAGGAUCUUGCUGUGGGAGAUCAGGCAUCCUGGCCAGCCAUGCAACCUCAGCUGGGACGGUGCAGAUUUUCAGGGCGUGUCACACAUGACCUGGUCACCUUUCAGCAACAACAUGCUGGCAGCUGCGUACGGUGAUGGUCGCGUGCUGCUUUGGGAUGUGGAGAAGGCCCACAACCAGAGAGCUGAUGGGAUGGAGGCUCCUGGAGUGACAUUUGUUCACGGAGGCCAUGCGCAGCGCCAACCCAGUGGCGUGGCGUGGAGCAGCGAUUGCCCCUGGCUGCUGGCCUCGGCUGAUGCGGAGGAGAUGCAGUUCUGGAGGCCAUCGCGUGAGGUCUUGGAGUCGCAGGUUGAGCGUGACUGA